AUGAUCUGCUUAUUCGGAGGGAUGAUUUUCCACAUUGUAGGAAUAGUCUGGAUUGCAGAGGAAGAUUGUACAGAUACAGACUGGUACAAAUUAGCUCUAGCAAAUACCAUAAUAUUUUUCGUUUUCUUCGGAUUGAUCUUCAUCGGAGCACUGAUCUGAUUUUUCAUCGGCUUCUCAAAGAGUAAGCCUAAAAGAGUCAAGCCCCAAAUAAAGGACGAGAAUGUUGAAGAAAAAGAGAACAAAGAAGGAGAGAACAAAGACAACGACACCAAGGACAGAAACCAAAAGGAGAAAGAGAACAAGGACAAAAACGAGAACAAGGAUGAAGAAGAAGACCUAGAAGAGGAAGAAAUCUACUAA